AAAGGGGAGACGCGACCCGAGAGAUGCUGUAAGCUGGGCGACUGAACGGAUCCCGAGCAGGAGUCCGAGGCCCGGGGUCUUCGGUGAGGAGAGGAGACGAGGACAGCCUCGUGUGGAGUGUUUUGGCCGACCACCGAGAGUGGUGCCAUUCGAGGGUCGGCAGAGUUCGGAGGACAUCGACUGGAGGAGAGGAUAUCUGAUUCUUCUAGUAAUCCAGACUCCAACUGAGUGAUCCAUUUCUGCUGGUUUGGCAACCCAGUUACAGGAUGCUGCCAAACCCGCUGAGCGCCCUGCGGGGCUUCAGCAUGCGGCAACCGGCCCAGGCCCUCGCUAUCAGGUGCGCAUGUGCAGGAAUCGCGGCCAGUUCCGGGCUAUUGCGCGCAUCACUUCUCGCGCAUGCGCUCAGUAGACGAUAGGUUCUGGCGAAUCAGCAGCAGGUUGGAAAUGACAAAGAAUUUUUGUGCAGGAAUCGCACACAACAGCAGCAUUAGGUUUGUGAGCUUUAAUGCCUCUGUCCAGAUAUUUAUGGAGUGAUCAGAUACCAAUAAUGAAGAAGUAUCUCAUCCCUGUUGGAAACAUGCUUUGUGCCUGAAGUGAAGUUUUAUGUUGUAACUCUGUGAAAUCCACUGGAAGCGGGUUGCUGAGAACACGCUGACAUUUGAUCACUUGAAUUUUCUCAGUGUGGGGUUCUCUCACUCAGCGAGCCACAGAAACACAAGUGAAUUCACAGAGAAGAGAGGCCAUUCACCUGAUGUUUGUGUUGGACAGGAUCUGCUCAGUCACUCAGCCUGAAGAUACAUCAGCAAGUUCUUAUUACAGUGAGAUGGUUCAUCUGUUCUGUCUGCAGGAAGCAAUUCAUUCAGUCACCCAAGCUGACGAUACAUUAGAAAAUUCACGUCAGUGAGGGACUGUACACUUGCUUCGUGUGUAGGAAGAGAUUUACUCAGUCUGCCAACCCCGACACACACCAUUCAGUUCAGAAAGGACAGAGACUUCAACGGUUCCGUGUGUGGAAAGAGAUUCACUCGGUCGUCUGAUCGCAUUGGUGAGAGACUGUUCACCUGCUUAGACUGUAGGAAGGCAUUGAUUUUUCAUCUGAUCUAUUAGCACACCUGUCACUUCACACUGGGGAGAUGUUCACCUGCUCAGACUGCGGGAAGAGAUUCAACCGAUCAUCUGCCCUAUUGGUACACCAGCGAGUUCACACUGGGGAAAAGCCAUUCAACUGUUCAGUGUGUGGGAAGGGAUUCACUCUGUCAUCUAACCUAUUAGCACAUCAGCGAGUUCAUACUCGAGAGAGGCCAUUCACUUGUUCAGUGUGUGGGAAGGGAUUCACUCGAUCAUCUGCCCUGUUGGUUCAUCAGCGAGUUCACACUGGGGAGAGGCCAUUCACUUGUUCAGACUGUGGGAAAGGAUUCACUCAGUUAUCUCACCUACAAGCACAUCAGCGAGUUCACACUGGGGAGAGGCCGUUCACCUGUUCAGUGUGUGGGAAGGGAUUCAGUCGAUCAUCUGCUCUAUUGGUACAUCAGCGAGUUCACAGUGGGGAGAGGCCGUUCACCUGUUCAGUGUGUGGGAAGGGAUUCACUCAAUCAUUUCCCCUAUUGGUACACCAGCGAGUUCACACUGGGGAGAGGCCAUUCACCUGUUCAGACUGUGGGAAGGGAUUCACUCAAUCAUUUGACCUACAGGCACACCAGUCAGUUCACACUGGGAAGUGGCCAUACACCUGCUCAGACUGUGGGAAGGGAUUCAUUACGCCAUCUAAGCUAAAGAUACAUCAGCGAGUUCACACUGGGGAGAAGCCUUUCACCUGUUCAGACUGUGGGAAGCAAUUUACUUGGUCAUCUGACCUAUUGGCACACCAGUCAGUUCACACUGGGGAGAGACCUUUCACCUGUUUGGACUGUGGGAAGGCAUUCACUCAAUACUCCCACCUACAGACACACCAGCGAAUUCACAUGGUAGAGACGCCGUUCACCUGCUCAGACUGUGGGAAGGCAUUUUCUCAGUCAUCCCACCUAAAGACACAUCGGCGAGUUCACACUAGGGAGAGGCCAUUCACCUGUUCAGUGUGUGGGAAGGGAUUCACUCGGUCACGUCACCUACAGGGACACCAGCGAGUUCACACUGGGGAGAGGCCUUUCACCUGUUCAGUGUGUGGGAAGGGAUUCACUCGAUCAUCUGUGUUAUUGGCACACCAGCGACUUCAUACUGGAGAGAGGCCGUUCAUCUGUUCAGUCUGUGGGAAGCGAUUCACUCGAUCAUGGGACCUACAGGCACACCAGCAAGUUCACACUGGUGAGAGGCCAUUCACCUGUUCAGUGUGUGAGAAGGGAUUUACUCAGUUAUCUUCCCUGCAGGCACACCAGCGUAUUCACACUGGGGAGAGGCCAUUCACCUGUUCAGUGUGUGGGAAAGGAUUUACUCGAUCCUCUGUGUUAUUGGCACAUCAGCGACUUCACACUGGGGAGAGGCCGUUCACCUGUUCAGAAUGUGGGAAGCGAUUCACUCGAUUAUGUGGCCUACAGGCACACCAGGGAGUUCACACCGGGGAGAGGCCAUUCACCUGUUCAGUGUGUGGGAAGGGAUUUACUCGAUCACAUGACCUACAGACACACCAGCGUAUUCACACUGGGGCGAGGCCAUUCACCUGUUCAAUUUGUGGGAAGGGAUUCACACAGUCAUCUUCCCUGCAGGCCCACCGACGAGUUCACACUGGAGAGAGGCCGUUCACCUGUUCAGUGUGUGGAAAGGGAUUCACUCAAUUAUCUUCCCUACAGGCACACCAGCGAGUUCACACUGGGGAGCGGCCGUUCACCUGUUCAGUGUGUGAGAAAGGAUUCACUCAAUUGUAUUCCCUAAAGACACACCAGCGAGUUCACACUGGGGAGAAGCCAUUCACCUGUUCAGUGUGUGGGAAGGGAUUCACUCGAUCACAUGACCUGCAGACACACCAGAGAGUUCACACUGGGGAAAGGCCUUUCACCUGUUCCGUAUGUGGGAAGGGAUUCAUUCGAUCGUCUAAUCUCAAGGUACAUCAGCGAGUUCACACUGGGGAGAGGCCAUCUACCCGCUAAGAAUGUGGGAAGGGAUUCCCUUGGUCAUUGGACUUGACGCAGCAGUCAGUUCACACUGGGGAGAGGCCAUUCACCAGUUCUCACUGUGUGAAGAGGUUUAUUCUAUCAUAUGAUCUACAGGCACAUCAGUCAUUUCAAACUGGGGAGUGGCUUAACACAUGCUCAGACUUUGGGAAGCGAUUCACUAAGCCAUCUAAACUGAAAGUACAUCAGGGAAUUCACAGUGGGGAAGGGUUGUUCACCUGCUUUGACUGUGGGAAGGGAUUCACUUGGUCAUCUACUGGCACACCAGCCAAUUCACACUGGGGAGAUGCAGUUACCUGCUCAGACUGUGGGAAAGCUUUGACUCAGUCAUAUCACCUGCAGACACUCCAGUAGUUGCUGAAUACAGAGGCAAGUUCAAAAGUGACUUGAUGGUGAAUUCUGCAAUUAUUGCUGCUGCUCUUCACACCCAGUUCUGCACCUGAGUUUCAGCUUUUGGACAGCUAAGACCAUAUGACGAAGGAAACAGAGUGGGAAGGAAGGGGUGUCAAGGCAUUGAAUGACAGUGUAGCAAUGUUUGGAAGUUGAUUGAGAAAAUAAAUUAGGGUUACUUAGACUGUUGACACAUUCAAUGCCUGUUGACAUGGAGUGUAUUGCUUGUGGAAGCUCGCUGUGUUGAACUGGCUACUGAAUUCUUACAAAAGGAGUGGCUGGAUUGGUGUCAUUUGGUAAAGGGUGACAAUGCUUGAAAAUGCUUUCAAUGGCACUGUUCUUACCCAGAAGUCUCUGAGCUUAAGAAUAUACUAUCACUGUGAAUCGAGUGCGGAGCUGCUAACAGUCCAAAUGUUGUGCCAAAGGACACGCUUGCGUUCAGUGGAGAAAAUAUUCCGGAAAUCGGUGCACUGGACCACCCAGGCGCAGUUGAGAUGUUGCUAUCUAAAGCUAAGGAUUUGUGACUCAGACGAAAAGUAUAGUUCUGCACUGGUAAGAGCACACUGGGGGUACGUUAUUCACCUGCUCCAUCUGUGGGAAGGGAUAUAUUCAGUCUCCCAAUUUACAGAAACACCAGUGAAUUCAUGGGAGGCAGUUUAAAUAAUUGUGUUGAAUUUUGAACCAUCAAAAUUGGUGAAUCUAGUUGCAAGUUCAAGACUGACUGUUGGUGUCAGAUUCUACAGUUAUUGCUGCUGUUCAUCACACCUGGAACUGAACACGAGGGGUUUGCUCUAAUAAUAUUAGUCUUUCAUUGGACUUGAGUCAAAUAUUGUGGAUUUGUCUGAAUAAAUCUGUCCAGCAACACUUUGAUUUAUGUGCUAACACAGAAAAUGUUCUGUGAAGAGCUCAAGAAUGCAGUGAGCUAUCCCGUGGAAUUAAUAAAAUCAGAAUGUCAUCAUGAGUGAAUUGGUGUUUAGUAGGUUCUGGUUAAUUGGCGCACCAUUUGGCACAAUUAAGAGGCUAUCCCAAUUAGCUGAAGUUUACCAUAGAACAUAGAAUAGUACAGCACAGUACAGGCCCUUCAGCCCACAAUGUUGUGCUGACCGUCAAACCCUGCCUCCCAUAUAAACCCCCACCUUAAAUUCCUCCAUAUACCUGUCUAAUAGUCUCUUAAACUUCACUUGUAUAUCUGACUCAGGCAGUGCAUUCCACGCACCAACCACUCUCUGAGUAAAAACCCGUCCUCUA